AUGAUGUUAUGCUCGGAAAAUCUGAUGGUAAUUCUGGGUUGUUGGAUGAUAUUUUUGAUGAUUGUGUCAGUUGAUCAACUUAAAUGUGAAGGCACUGUAGGUGGGAAGGAUUUCAUUAAUAUAGGAAACCAUCUUAGCUUAUUUGCUAUUGAACCAGGAGGAAUGAGAAAUCAUUUUCUUAAGGAUUUUGUGAAUGAUUUAACUGCAUGCAUUGAAGAUGAUGGUGGCAACUCUGUAGAGAUUUUGGGUGAUGAUUUACUGGUUAUUGAUGAAUUAGUUGAAUGUGCUGAUGAUUAUGACGUUUCUUUAAAAAAUCUGACUGAUGAGGUUGUGAAGCUGCAUGUUGCUAGCGAAAUCGUGAUGUAUGAAUCUGUCGAGAACUAUGACGGGACUGAAAUUGACUGGUUGGGUAGUGAUUUUUCUAAAAUUAGAGCACCUACAUUUGAGCUCAUUGGAAUGAGCUGGUUUAUACAAAUUGUUGGAAGUCCUAAAACCUGGUCUGAAACAAUAACUGGCUUCAAAGGUUGUAGUGUAGAAAGAGUUAGGAAGUCUCAACUUUUGGCGAUGAAUAUUCCACAUUUAUUUGAUUAG